UCUAUAGAUCACGCAAUUCUUCAAGGUCAAUGAACCUCUCUUCCCUUUCCUUUCCGCGGCGCGUCCAGGCACUAUUUCUUCACACUUAGCCACUUCAAAAUCUAACCACAAUCUCGGCCGGCCCUCGGCCGCAAACCUCAAUAAUCAAGCCUACCCACAUCUCUGUUUAUAAUCAAAAUCUGCGUUAGAUCUCUCCUUCUCCUUCUCCCUCUCUCUCUCUUUCAUCGCCUUUUUUCUCCUCUUACCCCGAUUACCCUCCUCCUAUGACCAUGAGCAGGGUCCUUGUUUACGCGGCUCUGCCCUAGCAUAAUCUCUUAUAACUGUGCAGAUCCUUUCUUCAUAGACAACACAAGAAGUUUCUGCCUUGAGGGUUUUCAACAAUACCCUUUCAAGCGUCUUUCUUUUCGAUAGACUAAAGGUUGUGCGUCAGAUUUAUUGCUUGUUUCAAGUAUAGGGUGUUUGUACAUCUAGGGUUUGGUAGUUGCUAGUUGAAGGAUUUACAAUGGAUGGAUUUGGCGGUGAAAGUAGAAUUCAGGAGAACUCAGAUUUUGCUGGUCGUGAGCAUGUGGGCGCCAGUUCGACAGAGGCUUCGCUAUUUGAUGCAUCACAAUAUGCUUUCUUUGGUAACCACACUGUUGAAGAAGUAGAGUUAGGUGGGUUAGAUGAGGAUGAAGAUGAUUUCCCUGUGGCAGAUGAUUAUCGUUUGGACAGAUCAGAGAGUGAGGUUUUGGGAUCGGUUUCUGAUAUCGAUGACCUUGCUGGCGCUUUUUCAAAGACAAACAAGGUUUUCAGUGGGUCAAGUGUUGCUAUUGGCGAUAGGGCGUCUAGAGAAAAUUCAAAUGCUAAUGAAUGGGCACAGGAUGCAGACUUCCCUACAUGGGUUGAUCAGCAUAUACUUGUGGGUGAAAGCUCUCUAGAGAAUAAGAGAUGGUCAUCUCAACCGCCUACUGCCUACUCUCAUCUGGCUGAUGCAAAAUCUUUGUAUAGAACAUCUUCAUACCCUGAACAACAACAUCAGCAGCCUCAGAACCAACAUUUCUCAAGUGAACCGAAUCUACCCAGAUCAUCUUUCAUAUCAUAUCCUCCUCCAAGUGGUUUAUCUUCACUGCCUUCAUCGAGCUAUCAGGGAACUCAUCCUAAUAAUAUUCCAUAUCAACCUAAUCGUAAUCAGAUGCCAUUGUCUUCUUCCAACAUCUCUGGAUUUUCCAAUCCCCAACUUCACCAUGGUCCGCAUUUCAGUGCUCAAUAUCCAGUAAACGGAGGAUUGCAACCACAGUGGGCUAAUCAGAGAGGUUCAUUUUCAGGCGAUCGACCAAAUCUAGUGAAUAAUAUGUUGCAACAACAAUUAUCUCACCAAAAUGGUUUAGCGCUAUCACAUCUAAUGCCACAACUUGCAGCUCAGCAAAAUAGACUUCAUUUUAACUCCCAAACACCGCCUCCUUCACUAAUUAACAAGUUUGAGGCAAUGAUGGGAGAUCAAAGACAGGGUAUGCUGAAGGGAAGGCAAAACUCGCAGUAUCCUCCACAUGGCUUUGAAAUGAAUAACCAGAGGAAUGAAUAUGGUUGGCCUCAAUUUAGGUCAAAAUAUAUGUCGUCUUAUGAAAUUGAGAAUAUUCUUAGAAUGCAGCUUGCAGCAACCCAUAGCAAUGACCCGUACGUAGAUGAUUAUUAUCACCAAGCUGGUCUUGCAAGGAAAACAGCUGGUGCGAAAUUGAGACAUCAUUUCUGCCCGACUCAGAUACGUGACCAUCCUUCACGAGUUCAAGCUAAUAACGAGCCUCAUGCCUUUCUUCAAGUUGAUGCUCUUGGAAGAGUUGCUUUUGCUUCUAUUCGUAGGCCUAGGCCGCUUCUUGAAGUUGAUUCUUCGGGUUCGGGCAGCAGCAGUAAGGAACAUAUACUGCCCGAGAAGCCUCUUGAACAGGAGCCUCUACUUGCAGCUCGAGUAACCAUUGAGGAUGGACUUUGUCUGCUUCUUGAUGUCGAUGAUAUUGAUCGUUUCCUGGAGUUUAAUCAAAUUCAAGACGGUGGGGUCCAGCUUAAGAUGAGGCGACAGUUGCUGCUUGAAGGGUUAGCUGAAUCGCUUCAACUGGUUGAUCCUCUUGGGAAAAAUGGUGAUACUGUUAACUUAAAUCCCGAGGAUGAUCUAGUGUUUCUGAGACUGGUUUCUUUGCCCAAAGGCAGAAAGCUUCUCUCGAAAUUCCUUCAGGUUAUAUUUCAUGGAGACGAACUAAUGAGAGUAGUCUGCAUGGCUGUUUUUCGACAUCUUAGGUUCUUGUUUGGAAGUAUCCCUUGUGAUGCUGGAGCUACAUUAAACCUUUCUAAGACGGUUUCAUCUUGUGUUGGCGGAAUGGAGCUGAAAUCGCUAGCAAGUUGUUUAGCAUCGGUUGUUUGUUCUACUGAGCAUCCUCCCCUCAGGCCUUCUGGGAGUUCUUCUGGAGAUGAGGCUUCUGUUAUCUUGAAAUCUGUUCUCGAGAGAGCGACCGAAAUCUUGACCGAUCCCCGUUCUUCGAGCAACUGCAGUGUUUCAAAUCGGGCGUUUUGGCAAGCCUCUUUUGACGCAUUCUUCAAUCUUCUUACGAAAUAUUGUGUCAGUAAGUAUGAUGGUGUGAUGCAAUCGUUUCUAAUGCAUGCUGGACCAGGUGCGAACGAGGGUACAGUUGCGGCUGAUGCUGCAAAAGCAAUUCGGAGAGAAAUGCCUGUUGAACUCUUAAGGGCGAGUCUUCCUCAUACUGAUGAGAACCAGAGGAGGAUUUUAAUGGGUUUUGCUCAGCGGUCUAUGCCUGUUUUGGGUAAUUGAUUUUGUUUGUCGCUUUGAUCUAUCGAACGCAGAAAGCUGUUUUUCGUUUUUUCUUUUGCGUACUGUGGUUGAUAUGCUGGGGAGAGGAGUGUCUUGCAACUUGCAUAUGGAUGAACUCCUUGUUAUAAUUUUUUUUUUGUUUCUUUAUUUUGGUUUAGCCCUCCUUGAUUCAGAAAAUUUUAUUUUGAUGGUCAGUUUUACAAACUUCAGUUGCACUUUAAUUAGAUGAUGAUGGGACUCUGUCACCAUGUAUGUAUAGAGUGGUGGUGGAGAAAGUUUUCUGUGUUUUGUUGGUUACAAGGAAGGAGUUGGCAUUCUAUUAAUAUCUAUGUUUGGUUUGAUUA